CUGACUAAAUGCACUCAUGGCAGGGAUUUUAAGAUUCAAAGUUCAAAACUUUGCACAUUUAGCCCUAAAGUCACCUGUAAACUUCCACAAAUCAUUGACCAGGGCCAUGAGUCUGUUGAUUGACAAUCCCCAGUACAGCUGGCUAAAGGAACUGGGCCUUGAGAGUGACAACAAGGGAGUUUUCAAUGGUUCAUGGGAGGGUGCUGGUGAGACUGUGACAUCAUACUGCCCUGCCAACAAUCAGCCUAUCGCCAGAGUUGUUCAGGGUAACCUUGCUGACUAUGAAAAGACUCUACAAGCCAGUCGGGAUGCUUGGCAGACAUGGUGUGAGGUUCCAGGCCCUCACAGAGGAGAAGUGGUGCGUCAAAUGGGUGAGGCACUCAGAGAAAAAAUACAUCUGCUUGGAAAACUAGAUUCCCUAGAGAUGGGUAAGAUAUUGCCAGAGGGAGUGGGUGAGGUCCAGGAGUACAUAGAUGUCUGUGACUAUGCCGUAGGACUCUCAAGGAUGUUGGAAGGAAAAGUUCUGCCAUCUGAAAGACCUGGGCAUGCCUUGAUGGAACAGUGGAAUCCAUUAGGAACUGUAGGUGUCAUCACAGCAUUCAAUUUCCCUGUAGCUGUAUACGGUUGGAACUCUGCCAUUGCUCUGGUGUGUGGCAACACAGUUUUGUGGAAAGGUGCACCUUCAACCCCCCUAGUCAGUGUGGCUGUUACAAAAAUUUUAGAAAAGGUUCUCCGUGAUAAUAAUUUCCCAACUGCCGUUUGUUCCUUGGUAUCUGGCGGUGCAGAUAUUGGACAAAAGAUGGCGCAAGAUGAGAGAAUCCCACUUUUGUCUUUCACUGGGAGUACCCCUGUGGGGAAGGCUGUUGCUCUAAUGGUACAAGAGAGGUUUGGCAAGUCUCUGUUAGAACUGGGUGGAAACAAUGCUAUCAUAGUGAAUGAAGACGCAGAUGUUGACAUGGUUGUCCGCGCUGGUGUUUUUGCCUGUGCGGGAACUGCUGGCCAGAGAUGUACUACAACAAGACGACUGAUAUUACAUGAGAAAGUUCACGACACUGUGGUAGAUGGACUGAAAAAAGCUUAUGAACAAGUUUCUAAAAAAGUAGGAGAUCCUAUAAAUGAGGGAACAUUGCUAGGCCCCCUGCAUUCCAAGGCUGCUGUAGACCAGUACCUGGCUACCAUAGAAGAAGCAAAGAAAGAUGGCGGCACCAUAGAAUAUGGAGGAAAUGUGAUAGAACGUGAAGGAAACUAUGUGGAGCCCACUAUAAUCAGCGGUCUUGCUCACGAUGCCCCUUGUGUACUCAGAGAGACGUUUGUUCCUAUAGUUUACUGCAUUAAGUCCAAGAGUUUUGAGGAAGGUAUUGCAUGGAAUAAUGAAGUGAAACAAGGCUUGAGCAGCUCCCUAUUUACUAAAGACCUCAGCAACAUCUUCAAGUGGAUGGGGCCCAAGGGUUCUGACUGUGGUAUUGUGAAUGUGAAUAUACCGACCAGUGGUGCCGAAAUAGGUGGCGCAUUUGGCGGUGAGAAACACACUGGAGGUGGACGAGAGUCUGGUAGCGAUGCCUGGAAACAAUAUAUGAGACGCUCAACUUGUACUAUUAACUACAGCAAGGAGCUCCCAUUAGCCCAGGGUAUCAAGUUCGAAUAACACCCUCGACCAGAUCAACUUUACAUCAGCAUCCAACAAAGAAGAUAUGUAUACAGACUGGACUUAAGCAUUUUAAAAGAAAGGCAGCUAUAUAUACACUACCUGUAUUAGAAUAUUAACUAACCAUAAUUUGACUGAACAAUUUAUUUGUUCUCCAGUUUCCCGAUUUUAGGGAAUUAAAAUUUUCUAGACAAACUUUACUUUUUGAAAUUCAUUCUGAUGUAAACUUAUUCAUUGCCAAAUUAGACAUAUUUAUUUUUCACAAAGAAAUUGUUUUGUAGCCAAUAUUUACUUAUAAAUAAGUAAGAUUUUCAUGUAAGGUUUGUACUUGGAUUUACAAAGACACUUCUGAUACAUGAAUAAAAUUCAUUGGAAAUGUAAUAUGAAUGCAUCUUGUUUUAUGCCUUUUAAUGGUCGAAAAGGGAACUUUAAAACUGUCCUAGUUAUUAUUAAGGUGGCCAUUUUUGGUUUUUCUUCCUAAAAUCCUGUCUGUCCAGUCUUGUCUAC